ACACCCACUCUCCCUCCCACCUUGAAAACCCUCCCACUCAAAACAAACAAACAAACAAACAAAAGAAAGAAAAAAAAGCUUGAGAGAGCUCGAUCAACAAUCAACAAUCAACAAUCAACAAUCAACAAUGGAGCUCGCCUUCUCAUCCAUGGCGCUACCCUUCCUCGUCUGCGCCAUCGCUCUCCUCCUUCUCUACGAGCAACUCUCCUACCUUCGCAAGAAAGGUCCUCUCCCAGGUCCCACCCUCGUCUUCCCCUUCUUCGGCAACGUCCUCCCCAUGAUCCUCAACCCUACCCUCUUCUGGCGCAACCAAGCCCUCGCCGCCUUCUCCUCCGGCCUCUCAUCCAACUACCUUCUCGGUCGCUUCAUCCUCUUCAUCCGCUCCACCGAUCUCUCUCACCUCAUCUUCUCCAACGUUCGCCCCGAUGCCUUCCACCUCAUCGGCCACCCUUUCGGCAAAAAGCUCUUCGGCGAUGAUAACCUAAUCUACAUGUUCGGCGAUGCUCACAAAUCCCUCCGCCGUCGCAUCGCCCCCAAUUUCACCCACCGCGCUCUCUCAACCUAUCUUCAUCUUCAGCAAUCCGUCAUUCUCUCUCAUUUCUCUCUCUGGCUCUCCCAAUCCAACCCUCAAAUCCCCAUUAAACUCCGCCUUCUCUGCCGCGAUCUCAAUCUCGCCACCUCCCAGACCGUCUUCGCCGGCCCUUACCUCUCCGAUGAUUCCCGCCGUCGAUUCAACACCGAUUACAACCUCUUCAACAUUGGUCUCAUGGCUCUCCCCUUCGAUCUCCCUGGCUUCGCCUUCCGCCGGGCUCGUCUAGCCGUCCGCCGCCUCGUCUCCACUCUCUCCUCCUGCGUCUCAGCCAGCAAGACCCGCAUGCUCGCCGGCGCCGAGCCAUCCUGCCUCGUUGACUUCUGGAUGCAAGACGAGAUCCACGAGCCGGCGCCGGCGACCGAGGACGAGAUCGGCGGCUACUUGUUCGACUUCUUGUUCGCCGCCCAAGACGCUUCCACGUCAUCACUUCUUUGGGCCGUCGUCUUGCUGGAUUCCCACCCUGACGUAUUGGGCCGGGUUCGGGCCGAGGUCUCCUCAAUUUGGGACCCAUUAACUCGUGAACCGAUCUCACCCGACAUGAUCCGCGAGUUCAAGUACACCGAAUCGGUGGCUCGCGAGGUGGUCCGGUUCAGACCACCCGCGACGAUGGUGCCACACAUCGCUGGCAAGGAUUUCAAGCUGACCGAGAACUACGUUGUUCCUAAAGGAACCAUCGUGUUCCCGUCCGUUUUCGAGUCGAGUUUUCAAGGGUUCACUGAACCGGACCGGUUCGACCCGGACCGGUUCGGGGAGGGGAGGGAGGAGGACCAGGUUUUUAAACGCAAUUUCUUGGCUUUCGGGGCCGGGCCCCACCAGUGUGUGGGCCAGCGCUAUGCCCUGAAUCAUCUCGUGCUCUUCAUCGCGCUUUUCGUCUCGCUCGUUGAUUUCCGACGCCACCGAACGGACGGCUGCGAUGAUAUCGCUUACGUGCCCACCAUUGUCCCUAAGGAUGACUGCCAGGUGUACAUCUCUCCACGGUUUCCCGGUUUCUCCUUCUCCUCCUCCUCCUCCUCGUAAUUUUUAUUUAUAAUAUUUUUUUAAAAAAAAUUUUUUUGCGAUUUUAUUAAUGAAUUGUUUUGGAGUGGAUUUUGGUGAGUGAUUGAAGGGUUGGGUGAUGAAUAAUGAAUGAUAACUAGGGUUGGUAGUGGUGGUGGUCUUGGUCUAGGUAAAAGGGGGGAAGGGGAUGGUAUUUCGUCUUCUUGGAGUUUCUAUUUUGGAUGGGUUUGGUGUCGUAUAGUUUGUGCAUGCAUGUUCCUUUUGUAUUUCAUUUUCUUUUCUUUUAUUUAUUUAUAUAUUUAUUUUUA